AUGGGGAGGAUCAAACCUCAAGCUCUGCUACAGCAAAGCAAAAAGAAGAAGGGGCCUUCUCGCAUAAGGGCCACCACCGUUCUCUUCUGUACAUUGAUUCUUGUCAUGCUUAUGUAUUUCCUGUUUUAUAGACAUUGGUCCAACAGGACAAGAUUUCAACCACAGAGCUACAUAUCGGUCUCUGAGGAUGAAAAUACAUUUGUGGAAUCCAAAAAAUCUGAUCUACCUGGAUAUGCUGUUGUAAUUACCUCUAAAGGUUCUAUUAUAGUCGAACUUUAUAAGGAAAGUGCCCCUGAAGUUGUUGACGAAUUCAUAGAUUUAUGUCAAAAAGGGCACUUCAAGGGGAUGCUUUUUCACCAAGUAAUUAAGCACUAUGUCAUUCAGGCAGGUCACAACAAAGGGCCUGGAGCUACUGAAGAUUGGAACUUGUUAGGAAAGAAAUAUGCGAGUAUGAGACAUGAAGCAUUCAUGCUUGGAACUUCAAAUGGUAAUUACUUCAACAAAGGUUUUGAUCUUUUCAUCACAACUGCACCGAUACCGGAUCUAAGUGAAAAGCUUAUUGUGUUUGGCCGAGUCAUCAAGGGAGAGGAUAUUGUUCAGGAAAUUGAAGAAGUGGAUACAGAUGAACAUUACCAACCAAAAAUUUCUAUUGGGAUACUUGAUGUGGCUCUUAAACAGAUGGAUUUCACUUUAGGUUUGUCAAUGAAACGUUUGAUCUUUGAUGCAGUUUUAGCAACAUGUUUCAGUUGCUUAUUCAAGGACUACGAAAUCUUUUUUUUUUUUCCCCUUUCUGUCAUAUUGUUUGGUCUUACUUUGGUGUGGCAGGAUGUAAGAAGUUCCGUUGCCACCUGCCAGUUUGCUGAUAUCACCUCUUAUAUUUAUUUUGGCAUUAAACUUCAUUUGUAUCCUCAAAAGAGGCACAUUAAGAUAAAAAAGAAUUUUGGCCUGCCCAUGCAGUUCAUGUAUAGUGUUUCAAUUAAUGACCAUUUUAGGAUCGAGUCAGAAAUAUUGGCUUGGUAA